AUGCGUAUCCAAGUGGGUUUAAUGGCAUGGCUGUCCUUGGCACUUAUCUUCGUGACAUCGCUCAGCAUUAUGCGACGACAGCAAUUUGAAGUCUUUUACUAUGCGCAUGCUCUGUUCAUUGCGUUCAUUAUCGGAGCUCUGAUUCAUGCAGAUCACGCACCGGAGUUUCUGCUCCCUGGGCUGUGCCUGUGGGCCUUGGACCGUGUGAUUCGAUUUUCACGCAAUUUCCGCCGAAUUCAAAUACUCUCUGUCACUCCAUACGCCACGGACGUCAUGAAGAUCAAGAUCCGUGGGUUCAAAACGUCUUAUCCUGGUCAAAUAGCCUGGAUCCAGAUUUCAGAGGUGUCGUUCCUUAAUUGGCACCCAUUUACAGUUGCCUCUGCUCCUGGCGAUGAUGAGGCAAUGUUUCUCAUUAGGGGGCUUGGAGGCUACACCAGACGGGUCCAGGACCUGGCGAAGAAAAACAAUUUUGAACAGGCUUCAAUUGCUGAGAUUCCCUUUCCAUGGAAGAUCCGUGUUGAUGGCCCUUACGGGGUCUCUCACACGCAGUGGGAAGCCUAUCCUGUCAUAGUUCUCGUGGCUGGUGGAGUUGGCAUCACACCAGGGCUUAGCAUUGCUUCCCAUAUCCUCCGCCACGCGACUGGAACAGGCGAAAACAUUGAAGGGAGGCCGCCCUGGCAUGUGCAUCUUUUGUGGGUCAUCAAAGAUGAACAGCAUGUGAAUUGGUGCCAGGAAGAAUUACAAAAUUUGUUUGCGAUGUCUGCGUCCCCCACUGUUCAAGCCACCUUUGAUUUGACGAUUGCAAUCACUGGAAGCGCAAGGUUGGAAGCACGUGCAGCAAACGACGAUGAAUUUAUUGCUCUUGAGGGUCAAACUAGCCACGAUUACAACGGUCCUGGAGAACUGAUCAGAGGCCGGCCUAAUAUUGUUCAGUGGUUCAGGGCUCUCAGGUCGAAACGAGAUGGGCUUGACGGAGCAGUCAAUGUUUGUGGGCCUAGGUCACUGAUCAGCAUGGUUCGAACAGCAGCUGCAGAUUUAAGUGGACGAGGGGGCAUUUUCCAUUUGGAAGAAGAAGUGUUUGAGCUUUAA